AAGGGCAAGACGGUGGCCGAGAGGGCGCUGGGCGGCGGACGGUGGCCGAGACGGUCCGGCAUGGAGCACUUGGAGCGGUGCGCGUGGUUUCUCCGCGGGACUCUGGUGAGGGCGGCGGUGCGGCGCUACCUUCCCUGGGUGCUGGCGGCCGGCAUGCUGGCGGGCUCGAUCCUCAAGGAGCUGUCACCGCUGCCCGAGAGCUACCUCAGCAACAAGCGCAACGUCCUUAACAUGUAUUUUGUUAAAAUGGCCUGGGCCUGGACAGUCUUUCUCCUCCUGCCUUUCAUUGCCCUCACCAACUACCAUCUGACGGGCAAGACCAGCCUGGUCCUGCGGCGGCUGAGCACUCUGCUCGUGGGCACAGCUAUCUGGUAUGUCUGCACAGCCCUGUUCUCUAACAUCGAGCACUUCACAGGCAGCUGCUACCAGUCACCGGCCCUGGAGGGCAUCCGAGAAGAGUGCCAGAGCAAGCAGCAGUGCCACCGGGAAGGGGGCUUCUGGUACGGCUUUGAUAUCUCGGGUCACUCCUUCCUUCUGAGCUUCUGUGCCCUCAUGAUCGUGGAGGAGAUGGCUGUGCUGCAGGAGGUGAAGAUGGACCGCAGCCACUGCCUCCACAUUGCCACCACCAUCCUGGUCGUCGCCCUGGGCUUCCUGACCCUCAUCUGGAUGUGGAUGUUUCUCUGCACAGCCAUUUAUUUCCACAACUUAACCCAGAAAGUAUUUGGCACCUCGUUCGGUUUGCUGGGCUGGUAUGGGACCUACAAGUACUGGUAUCUGAAAUCAUUUUCUCCAGGACUUCCUCCCCAGACCUCUAGUUUGACUUUGAAACGAGAUACUUACAAGAAGUAAAAGAAAAACAAAAUGAGGGACAGCAGGUCAAUGACCAAUAGAUGUUCCACUUACUUCGUUCAGUUACUGGCUGAAUUAUUUGUCCCACCUCAGAGAGGAAGCUUACCAGGAAGUUUUGGGGUGGGGUAGGUGACUUGAAUGCUCUUAUUUUAACAAUAUUUCUUCCUGGCCAAAUUUCAUAAGCACCUGUCUCUGCCAGGCUUCUUUAUUAAAAACCCAGUGCCUAAAAGACACUCUGGGUCCUCUGGUUGCAGUAUUCAGUUCCUCUGUGGAUUGUUGACAGUUGCACCCGGCUGUGAUCAGCCACCAACACUGGCCCGUGAAACUGCAGUGCCUGGAUGAUUUUUAUGUAGCAGACAAUGUUACAGUUUUUCUGUCCAUACUGUGUAUUGUUAUGUGUUAGUUUUUGGAGCAAUAAGAACACCCCCAUCCCCCACUUCUCUUCGGAAUGAGUGCUGUAUAGUUUUUAAUAGUAACUAUGACAUUUGUUUUUUGUUAACAGAACUGCAGUACUGCACUUUGGCAUGUGGGAAUCAUUGGAAGGGUUUUGUCUUGUUUUUUUUAGAACACUAACUUGAUUUUUAUAAACCAAACUCUUGGCUUAUCAUAUUAAAUUUCACCUCAUAGGACUGUGUCCUCUUCAAGAAUAAAACUGGAAAGCAGGCAUUUUAAUUAUUUGAUGAAUUUUAAGCCAAGAGAAUAAUUUUGCAAGGUACUUGUUGGUACUGAAACUUUCCUGACCAGUGGUAGAGACUGAACAGGGCUCAGGGUCAUUAGACAAGUGCCUUGGCCCAUGUGCUGUGGCCCAAGCAAUUUUUGCCUUUGGACAAGCUUAUGAUAAUUUAGAAGUAACAAGAUGUCUCCCUCUGAUGCAAGAAGCCAGUUUGUGUGCAAGGUCAUGGUGGUGUGACUUUGGCCCCACCUCCCUUUCCCGUCCACUAACAGGGCUGCACACUCCUGUUCCGUUCCCACCCUGAAGUCAGUCAGCCUUUUAUACUCCUUGCAGCACUUCCCAGUUCCCAACCUUACAUUAUGUGACCUUCCUUGGGGCUGCUAGGGUGAGAAGUCCUGUCACCACAUCCUACCUGACAUGGUUCCAUCUCUGUAAGAACACUCCUCUCCUCUCCCAGACAAUCUAAACCUUUCAAACCAAGCCCCUGGCCUUUUGGAUGAUUGCCCUUGAAGCUGCCUGAUGCCUCUUCCCUAGUGGAGCUGGGUAAUAGGAUUAAUGAUAAGCUCUGGCCUGACCAGCCUGGCUCAAGCCCAGGUUCUUAGGAGCUUAGUAAACUCAAAUUUUUUAAUAUAAGGAUAUAUUUAAAAUAUGUAUUUCACAUCCUGUUGACCUACAAGUCAUCUUGACUAUUAAAACACAAGAUGUGAGAUGUUGUCCCCAAAGGGGACAAAACAUGGGCAGUGAGGUGUCACCAUGGUGCUUUGGCAAAUGUGGCAGGUGGACAGAGAGGAUGUUUCAUCCCCCUGGAGUUUCCACCAGUCCCCUGAGGUGGGAACAGGCUGCAGAUGGCAGGGGCUGGUCAUAGAGGUUGAAGUCUCUCCUAAGCUUCAUGUUCAGCACCAGAAGGGAGCAGACACAGGUGUCUCCAGAGGUCCCUUUGUCAUAUCAAUGGCACUUCAGUCUCCAGACAGUUUUCUCAUAUGACCCAGGUUUAACACUAAUUUGACUUCAUGUGGGGACUAUCGGUUGCCUGGAUUUCUGUAUGGAUUAGACGGGUUACAUUACAUGUGCUCACUCUUGGCACCUACCUUUGGUUUCUCUGAGUGCCAGGGAUGGAACCCAGGGUUUUGUGCGUACUGGCCAAGCCCUCUACCUCUGAGCUACUCUGAGUCCUCUCAGCUCCCUUGUCUUCCCUCCCUGUGUGAGGCAGUGCAGCAGCCAUGAGAUGCAGGUUGAAUGUUGGCAUGACUGCUGAUCUGUAUGACCACAUGGGCAACCUUGUGACCCUAAGAUGCAGAUGAUUCUGUUAGCCAUAAAGGGUGGUACGCAUAUGUGCUGAGCAGGCUCUUAGCUCCCUGUCUUCUUUCUCUGAACAGAGAGUUCAGAGUGUUCCCACUCCUCUGGAGAAGGCAGAGAAACUAACAUCUUUUGGGAGGACACUCAAGCCUGAGUCUCCCAUUGGAAUAGGCUCAUAUCAUCUUUUGGAAAGCGUCUGUUGUCUCCAAGUGUUGAACAAGAGGCUUUGGGGGCAUCUGACCAGAGUCCUGCCAUGCUGUUUGCUUCUCUGUGUAGAAGUUUGCUCACACGCUUCUGUGUGCAUCUGUUAGUGUCUGGAUACCAGAUUGUAUUUAGAGAAUGGCUCGUGCCACUGUUAUGUACACACAGAGCCCAUGUGUAAACAAGGAAAUUAAAGUGCACUGGAUAAUAGAAUACUAAAUUCCAGAA